AUGGCAACAGGUGGUAAAAUACUAGAUGCCCUUAAGGAUGAGUUCUGUGAAUGUCCUAUUUGUACUGAGGAAUAUGAUGAAGAAAAACAUGUACCAAGGCUUCUUCCAUGUCAGCAUUCUUUCUGCACUGAAUGCCUUCAAAAGAGCAUAAAAGGUGGAAAGCUCAAUUGUUCCAUAUGUAAACGCAGUUAUAAAGUAAAAGAAAAGGGUGUAGAUUGUUUUCCAAAAGAUCUUACGAAGCGAAGCUUGGGGGAUGUAUUACAAAGAAUUAAAGCAUCCUCUUGUUGUAUUUGCAGCAGGAUAGAAGGUAUAAGAUAUGAAUGUACAUCCUGCAAUAUAAAAGUCUGUAAAAGCUGUUUCAAGGUCCGUAAAUCAACUGAGUGCAAGCAUCAUCGAUUGAAAGAAAUAUCUAUGGAUAGUAAUAAAACCCCUGAUUCAUCUCUGGACUCUUUAGAGAUGAGUGCGGAAAAUAUAUGCAACCCACCAUUUCAUGAAAAAAAUACAUUGAAGUUUUACUGUAAAAACAAAGAUUGUCGUAAACCAAUUUGCGCCAAUUGUACAACAAAAGAUCACAAAUAUCAUGACUGGGAUGAAAUAGAUCUGUAUUAUAAAAAAGAAAAAGAAACAGUCCUUUCUCGUUUAUCAUUAGCUAAGGAGAAGAUUGAAAAGGCAAAGGGUGUUUUAUCAUAUAUAAAGAAGGAAAACGAGAAAAUUAUGGAAAAUGAUAACACAGGAAAGGCGGCAAUCCAAAAUGAAAAACAGAAUGGAAUUGAUUAUCUUAAUCAGGAAAUAGAAGAAUUGUGCCAAACAAGCACACAGAUUGUCAAAGAGUACACCGAAACAUUUGAAAAAAAGAUGUCAUUCUUAACGAAUUUUAUUGAGAACGCCCAGGAAUGUUGUUCUAUAUCAGAAGAGCUACUAAAGGAAAGCAAAGUAUCCUUUUUGUCCCUAGAAAAAACAAUUUCUGAAAAGUUGGAAAAAUUUGGAAAAGAAUCUUUUCCUGAAGAGAAGUCAAAUAUUGACAGUGAAUCUUUAUUGCUUAAAGAUGAAUGUACCAUUCUUAGAAAAAGAAUUGAAAAAAUGAAAGAUCCAUAUCUAGAGAUGGACGAUAAUUCCCUGUUUGAAAUGACGCCAGAAGGACAGAAUGACAGAGAAGCUGUUCUAUCAUUCUCCGAUAACUCAAAUCAUUCUUCAUUUUGUCGGGCCAAAGAUGGAAAAGUUGCAUCCAGUCUUUCGAUAAAGACUUUAGAACAGUCUUGUGGAAAUCCGAAUAAGCACUUUGUAGAAAAUGGCGUUUUACUAAACAAAUCUUUGAAUUUUUCCGAUGGUUACGAUACUAUGGAUUUUAAAAUUCGCUUAACAGAUUUCUCUGAAGAAAGUAGAGGGGGGUCUCUUCUGUGGAUUGGAUUUUUACAAGCAUCAACUUAUAACAACGAAACUACAGAGAUAUUUGGAUGGAAAUUAAUUCGAUCAAAAUAUGAAGAAAGACUAGAAAUGUUUAAUGUCUUAAACACUAAAAUUGCUAGCAUAAGUGCUACAUCACAGACAAAAAUUAUUUUGAAAUAUAGAAUUCAAAAAGAUAAUUUAAGCAGAAGCAUAAAAAUUGCUAAUUUGGAGACUAAGAAAAUUCUUGAUACAUUUCACAUACCGGAAAAACAUCACCCUAUUCUAUUCGUAUACUUCCAGUUUUCUGAAAAGUAUCUUGUUAGGAUAUCAAUUAAGUCCCUAUCUAAUAGAGUAGCAUUCAAUGCAGAUUCAAUAUUUCCCAAUGUGUAUUUAUCUAACAACAAUAAAACUGCGCAAAAUUACCUCAGUCCAAACCAAGCUGACAUUGUGAGAUCAAACUUAACACAAGAUAUAAAAAUUCUCAACUGCGAAAAGCUUUGUGUUUUUCCAUUUACUAUUUCAAUUCCACCUUUUUCUCUAAAUGCAGAUCAUUGGUUUGAUAUAUAUUUCGGAAGUAUAACUAGCACAGAAGAAAUGCUUUUUCUGUCUGACGAAACGUGUACCUUGAGUUACAUUCUCUACUAUGUAUUUGGUUACAUCACAAAGUGUUUAUCAGUAAACAAGAAUUUAGUCGACUCUGAAAUACCCAAUUUAAAUAUUAAUGGAACUUUUGAUUGCGUUCUUAUUAUAGAUAAAGAACAUAAUACGACAAAUAUUGAUAUAAACUCCUAUAAAUAUAACUUACCUUUUCCAGGCCCUCUACGUCACCCGCAACCUGUCUUACGAAUAAAAGUUCAUACGGCAAACAGGCUUCAGUGUCACAUGAGGUAA